AUGAAGGCAUCAUUGCCAUUAGUGUUCUCUCUUAUAACUCGGCUGGCCUUUGCCAACUCGCCGAUAACAUUCCAAAAUACGUCCAACACUAUUCUCCGAGUCGACACUGGUUCUUACGGCCCUGCCAUUGAAGAGGCCCAUUACUUUUACCAAGAUUGGCCCGUGGGGUUUGCAGUGUCUAGCAAGGGACGAAUAUUCGUGUCAUACUACCCGGGCAACGUCUCCUUCACUUUGGGCGAGGUGGUGAACUCUACCGCCGAGAAGGCCUACCUCCCGCAGUACAAUGUUCCCUCUGCGAACUCUACACAGACAAUCGACGGGACGUUGUUUGGUUCACAGAAUUCGACUGGAUUCAUCAGCGUGCAAGCACUCUAUGUGACGCCGAAAACGGCCAACCGAUCAGAGACACUGUGGGUGUUGGAUACAGGUCGUCCAAAUGAUGCGUCGCAAAUGGCCUACGGUCUACCAGGGGGGGCGAAGCUUGUGGCAGUUAACCUGGACAAUGAUACCAUCGUUCGGACCUACCUCUUCCCAUCAACCGUCAGCUACCCAGACUCCUCUGUCAACGAUAUGCGAUUUGACUUCCGGGAGAAUAUCACCACCUCUGGUCAAGGCGUCGCAUACCUCAGCGAUGAGUCGCCCGAGGGACGCAACGGCAUUAUUGUUCUCGAUCUGGGAACGGGCAAAUCCUGGCGCCAUUUGGACCGACACCCAGCUGGAUUGUCUGGAUAUGGCGUUGUCCCCAGCUAUCAGGGCAUGCCAUUCUAUCAAGAAACCCCUUCCGGACCUUUCACACAUUUGCCGCAAGGACUGGAUGGAAUUCAGCUCGAUCUCACGGGCUCAACCCUUUUCUUUUCAUCCAUGACAUCGGAUUAUUUGUUUUCCAUUGAGACGAAAUACCUUCUUGACCAUACCUCGCCUGCAUGCAUCCAAGCUGCCAACAGCGCCGUUCGGAACCUGGGCCAGCGUGGCGGGAAUGGAAAUGGGUUCGAGGGAGACUCCAACGGCUUCAUUUACCAGGCAAUGCCGGAGCAGAACGCAGUGUACGCCUACGACCCUACGACGCUGAGGGUUGCCCCUUUUAUCCGGGACCCGCGCAUCAUCUGGCCGGAUGGACUGUCGGUCUCGGAAGACGGAUACAUCUACAUCAUCAUCAAUCAGUUGCCAUACCAGCCCAUGUGGAACAAUGGCACCGACCUCAGACAAAAGCCUGGUGCGUUACUAAGGGCCAAGUUGCCCAACAACGGGGCAAAAGUGAAGACGCUGUUUUAA